AUGACCAACCCCGACGCCACAAGGGGCAAAUUCUACGAGGACCUGCACGAACUCCUGGCGACUGUGUCGAAGGCGAACAAGUUGAUUGUCCUUGGGGACCUUAACGCCCACGUCAGCACAGACCAUGCUGCCUGGAUGGGUGUACUAGGCCCCCAUGGUCUCCGCGGCUCAAUCAACAGUGGCCUGCUCCUUCUCGGUACCUGCACAAAACACCGCCUCAUCCUGAUGAACACGUUCUUCUCCCUGCCGGAACGAGAGAAGGCCACCUGGAGGCAUCCUCGGUCGCGUCAGUGGCAUCUGCUGGACUAUGUCCUCGUCCGGAGGCGAGAUCAGCGGGACGUGCUGGUGACAAAGGCGAUAGCGGGUGCUGAUGGGUGGACUGACCGUCGCCCCGUCAUCUGGAAGAUUCGUAUUCGCCUACAGCCUCGCAGGAGACCACAAGGUAAGCGACCCCCAGGUAAGUUGAAUGUUGCCUUGUUGUCUUUGCCCGCUCACCAUCUUUAUUUCAGCAAUGAGCUAGCUCAACGGCUAGACAACCUUCCUAUCGCGUCCGUGGAGAACCGCUGGUGUCAACUGCGAGACACGGUCCAGUCGACGGCGCUCGCCGUCCUCGGUCGCGCUCCCCGCCAACACCAGGACUGGCUCGACAACAAUGACGCCGUCAUCAACAACCUGCUCGCCGAGAAGAACCGCCUACACACAGCCUACGUAGAUCACGCCACUGAUACCACCAAAGCCCGCAAAGCUGAGGAGAUCCAAGGGUACGCGGACCGCAACGAAUGGAAGAACUUCUUCUCUGCGAUCAAAGCUGUCUACGGUUCGCCGACGAAGGGCACUGCUCCUCUCCUCAGCGCUGAUGGACGUACCUUCCUGACCAAGAAGACACAAAUUCUACAGCAGUGGGCCGAGCAUUUUCGAGGCGUGCUCAACCGCCCCUCCGCAAUCUCAAACGCCGUCAUCGCCCGCUUGCCGCAAGUGGCGACCAACGUGGACCUCGACCUCCCGCCAUCUCUCCAGGAAACCAUCAUGGCCGUGCAGCAGCUCUCCAGCGGGAAAGCAUCCGGAUCGGACGCAAUCCCUGCCGAGGUCUACAAGCACGGAGGUCCCCAACUCAUGGAUCACCUGACUGAGCUCUUCCAGGAGAUGUGGCGUCAAGGCGAAGUCCCGCAAGAUUUCAAAGACGCCACCAUCGUGCACCUAUACAAGCGCAAAGGGAAUCGCCAAGUCUGCGACAAUCACCGCGGCAUCUCCUUGCUGAACAUCGUCGGGAAAUUCUUCGCUCGCAUUCUCCUCAACCGCCUCAAUAACCAUCUGGAACAGGGCCUUCUGCCGAAAAGCCAGUGCGGCUUCCGCCGUCAUCGCGGGACCACGGAUAUGAUCUUCGCCGCCCGUCAACUUCGGAAGAAGUGCCAGGAAAUGCAGACCCAUCUGUAUUCUAUCUUCGUGGAUCUGACGAAAGCCUUCGACACGGCAUCGCAUGGGUCUAUUCGGCCACAUGCGCAUUCACGAGAGCGGAAUUGGCCGCAAUACCGACUCAUCCAUCAUGCCAAACCCCACCCCCACUUCAUCAUCCUGCGUCCCCACCGCCCUUCCCGCAUCUAA